ACCGGAAAUGGGAGAAUUCAAUGUUCAUGCCACCAGGCUGCAGGCUACCCAGACUUACCUAUGGUUUUCCUGGCUUGGGUUCCUACUCAACACCUACCUCAGUUUCAAAAUCAAAACCGUGUAUUAUCACUGACAUACUGUACAUCAUAAAGAUUGGUGCUUUGUGACAGCAGUAUUGUACAAGACAAUAAAUUAUUACAAGUUUAUAUUAUAAUAAUAUAAAGAAUAACUAGUGCAAAAACAAACUAGUGAAGUAGUGAUCACAGCUUCAUGGACCAUUCAUAAAUCUGAUGGUAGAGGGAAAGAGGCUACCGUGUUCUUAAACCAUCAGGUAAGAUGGUAGCGUGCUCAAAGGCAUUGGCCUCUCUGGAUUCAACCAAAGGUGUAAUUGUCAUUUUUAAAUAUCUUUUUUUAUGAUUGCAAGGCACUGCUGGAUAUUAAGGACACCAAGAUCCACAGGUUAACCCCAUCAGCGAGUUGCUCAAUAGCGGAGAAGCUGGACCUAGUCCGGACCACGUUGCUGCCUGCUACAGAAGUUGGAGUCAGUGUGUGGAAACGAUGUGCAGUCUGAUGAGCGAUUAUUUUGGAUGUUUUCCUUUAAUUUUUACUGACACCGCUACAACGUGUUUUUAUCGCUGGCUGUCCAGACGGAAGGUGCUGAAACGCUUUGUCGCGUGUCUGGAAGAAGUGAAAACUUUCCUGGGCAGCAAAGGGCUCACCUUUCCUGAGCUGGAACAGCCAGAGUGGCUGGAAAAGCUACACUUCAUGGUAGACAUGACAGCGCACCUGAACACGCUGAACACAGCUCUUCAGGGGAAAGGACGUACAGCCCUGCACAUGUUGGAGGAUGUUUUGGCAUUCGAGCGCAAGUUGACAGUGCUUGCCAGAGAUUUACAGAAAGGCACUUUGUCUCACUUCCCCAAUUUGAGAGAGUUCAAACAAGGUCACGACAUGAUAAUUUCGGAGUAUUUACAUUCUGCAAUCAUCGCAAUGCAAACAUCGUUUGGGAAACGCUUCUGUGAGUUCAGAGAGGAAAAAAACACAUUAUCCUUCCCGGUCACUCCCUUAAGCAUCGAUCCUUCCCUACUGAAUACGACUGCAUUGGCAGGUGUGAGUCAACCUGAUCUUGAGAUGGAACUGGCCGACAUAGCCGACAAAGACAUAUGGGUGUCCAAGUUUAGACGCUUGACAGCAGACCUUGAAGAUGUUGCCCGUCAGAAGGCCGUUCUUGCUCAGAAACACAAAUGGAGUGAUAUUGAAAACCUCACAGAUGACAGCUUGCGAUCCUGUGUAAAGAUGAAGGUGACAUCAUACAGCCCUGAUGUGCAGACGCUGUGCGCUGAGGUCCAGGAGCAGAAAUCCCAUUAACCAAAGGAACAAUAGACGGCCCCAGAUUGUGUGCCUGCUGUACCUGCUGACUGCAUCUCAUCAGCGUCUUCAGAGUGGCAGAGUGGCCCUGGUAAGGAGCAGCUCCAGAAUGAUAGCAGUUUAGUGUUGCUGAUCGAGUCAAUAACUGACAAUCAACAAUGGCGCACCUCAGGGGUGUGUGCUUAGCCCACUGCAGUACUCUCUCAGACUGUGUGGCUAGGUGCAGUCAAUGCCAUCUAUAAAUUAGCUGAAGAUACAACCAUUGUUGCAGAAUCUCAGGUGGUGAUGAGACGAUACACAGGAGCGAGUUGUAUCAGCUGGUUGAGUGGUGUCACAGCAACAACCUUGCACUUAGUAUUGGUAAGACCAAAGGACUGAUUGUAGACUUCAAAACGGGUAAGACGAAGAAACGCAGACCAGUCCUCAGAAGUAGAAAAAGUCAGCAAUUUCAAGUUCCUGAGAGCCAAUAUCUCUGACAAUCUAAACUGGACCCAACAUAUUGAUGCAGUUACAGGGAAGGCACGAUAUCACACUGUUUCAUUAGGAGUUUGAGGAAAUUUGGUAUGUUACCAAAGACACUUGCUAAUUUUUGCAUUUGUAUCAUGGAGAGCAUUCUAACUGGCUACAACACCGUCUGGUGUGGUGGGGGAGGUGUGGGGGUGUGGACCCUAAGCUCAAGAUUGGAAAAAAGCUGCAGAGUUGUAAACCUAGUCAGCUCCAUCAUGGGCACUAGUCUCUGUAGUUCCAGGACAUAGUCAUACAGCAAUGCCUCAAAAGGUGACGUUCAUCAUUAUGGGCCCCCAUCACCCAGGACAUGCCCUCUCCUCAUUGCUACUAUCAUGAAGGAGGUUCAGGAAUCUGAAGACACACACUCAAGGAUUCAGGAACAGUUUCUCCCCCUCUGCCAAAGGAUUUCUGAAUGGACAUUUGUGGUAAACUAUGUAUACCUGUCUGGACAUGCCCCUCUGCUGACUGCUCCUGUGGCUCCUCCCACAGACCCCUGGAUAAAGACGGUUGGAGGAACUGCUCCCCCCUCAGUCUCCGAGAUGCCAUGCUCUGUUUUGUUGCUAAUAAAAGCCUAUCGUUCGCCUCCCAUCUCUGAGAGUUACUGAUGGUGCAUCAACAUUGAACCAAUGAACACUACCUCACUACCACUACGUUUUUUGUUUCUAUUCUUCCACUACCUAUUUAAUUUAACUAUUAUAUAUAUAAAAACUGUAAUUCCCUUUUUAUUUCUAUAAUAUCAUGUAUUGCAUUGUACUGCUGUCGCAAAGCCAACA